UCCAGACAAAAGUAAUCGUUCUGGAGUGGCGGUGCAUCCUAAGCAUAUGAGUAGAUCACAGAGCAUUCACUUAAACAAAAAUGGCGGGUGACAAGGAUCCUUUCAAGCAGAUGAAGGAUCUCAACCAGCUUAAGAAUCAACUGGAAGAUAUCCAGAAACGUGUGGAGACCGAAUUUGCAGCAGGAAUUCCACAGGGGGGCUCUGUGCUGGCAUCUCCCUUUUUGAAGGGGUUCCUGGCUGGGUACGUGGUGGCCAAGCUCCGCUCCUCAGCUAUCUUAGGAGUGCUACUAGGAACAUUCACAGGCAUCUAUGCUGCACAGAACUAUCAGGUGCCCAACAUUGAAAGCACUCUGAAGGACUAUAUGAGUUUGUUUAGAAAAGGACCAAAGUAAUGGGAAGAA